AUGGACGUCCAUCGGAUUGAAGUUCCUUUGCGAUCUGGAGGUGGAAAGAAAAUGAAAAAACGAAGGGAGCUCGAUGCCCUUAUAGCACAGUCAUCUUCGUCCAAAAGAAACACCCGUAGAACUGGAGGAGCGACGCACUCCCAGGACAAGUUACUCUCAGUUUCAACGGAUGACCCAGAGGAUUAUGCAUGGACAAAUGUUGCUGGCGCUACCCGUCGUAGCCAUCGGAAAAUGGCAUACUUUCGCAUGUGUGGGCCCCUACUCUUAGGGAUCAUUGGCAUUUUAAUUGUUUCUAUAUUGUACUGGCUCUAUUUCGAUCUUCGCCAACAAAUGUCUGAUUACCGUCAGAAAAUCGAAGAAGUAUCUGCCAUGAGCAAAAACUUCCCGGAUACUCUGCAAAGGUGGCAUGAGACAUCGUCCUAUCUGAUGAAGAAUCAAACGGCAGUUAUUUACGAAAUAAAUGAAUUGCAAAAAGCUGUAGAGGGCUUGCGCAUGAACUUUAGCAGUCUGGAGGCAGCAGUGGCUGUUCAAAGGAAUCACGGAAAGGAUGAGAAGAUGGUGGCCGACUUUGGAGCCAAGAUAGAAGCAGUCGCUACAGACAUUGAAGGUAUAAAGGAGCAUUACAACAAGUAUAUCGAGGUUCAGAAAAGUAUUCAAGCGGAAACGGAAGCUUUGAAGGCUAAUUUGUCACAGUUGCCCAUGCUGCAUGCCAACGAGUUGCCCACAAAUUUAUCGGAUGAUAUUGCAGAUCUUAAUCGAACCACACUUAACUCCUUGAAGAUGCUGUCAAACGACUUGAAAGUCGUGAAUAAUACAUUAAGCCAAACAACGAACAUGCUGGGAGAGGAAAUAUCACUGCACAAAACCAAAAUAGAUGAUUUGAUGGAUCGUUCGGAAAAUGUAACAUCGCAUGUGGCCACCAUAAGCAAUAGCUGGCCGGAAUACAAGCAAAAAGUAACAAACUUUGAUGAGGCCUUGGAUAAAACUGAAAAAGAAAUAUCCCUCUUAACCAACAAGAAUACAAUGCUUUCUGCUGCUGUUGAGCAGUUGAAGAAUUUUUGCAUCCAGCGUAUGGAUACAAACGGCGAAGAUGCAUCAAUUAUUCCAAAGCCCGACGUCAAAGCCUCUGGUCAGGAAUUUAUAAAUCCGUCAGGAAAUGCCACAGUCAAAUUACAGGAAAGCCCCACACUCCCAUAAGCCUUGGUGGGCUCUAAGUAGGAAAGUCACAGCCAACGAUUGAAAAAUAUUACAUUUAACACACGAAAACUGCAAUGUACAUAUAGUUCGGAGAGCUAUCUAAUUUAAUGACCAAAAAUAUGAUGGGGGUUGUACGAGUACUCGUGUGAUUUCAGUUAAGUUUACUUUUAAAGUCCGUCUUAGAAAAGGUAAUUGUAAAUAAAAGUUUGUAAGGCAA